UGCGCGCCCGCGCAUGCCUCGUCUUCAAAGCGAUCUGCGAUGUGAACGAAGUGCAACUAGCGCCGGUAGCUUCGUAUGCAGUGUGCUUUCGACGUUUAGUUCGCGUUGAAGCGGGAGACGGCACGAAGAUCAAUUCGCUCGCUGAUAUAGCCGCGCCUCCUCACUCCAGCGUUUUGACAGCGAGUUUCCACGGUCAUCGAGCGACAUGUUUUUAGUUUACUUGCGCACGCGGUGCCCCGUGUUUGUUGAUUUACGUAGUAAGCUAAUGUUUACAAGUUUAUACGGCCGAUUAAACUACUAUCCUUAGUUCAUAUAGUUGUCUACUAAUUUGCUAUCGCAAUCGGUGCUUCGCCUUUCGGGCGAAACUAUUUUUUUUUUCAAUGUGAACUUUUCGGCAAGACAGUAGCCACAGUCAGAAAACUUCGAGAGGAUUCGCAAAGAAAGCUUUGCUUUAGAAAUGGUGGCUGCCUCCCAGCAGCCCCAGUGAACAAGAGUCAUCGUAAUCUGUAGAGAUUGUCCUGUAAGACCGGCUCAUCAACGUUGCAGACGUCACUCAUCGCACAGUCGGACAGAUAUAAUUUUUUUUUUUGUUCUUGAGGUUAAUGCAACUCAUGUUCUGGCUUGCAAGCUAACGUUCGAAUUUUUCGGCCCUAGUACUUCGCAAAAAUAGAGCCUCAUGCACUCGCGGCUGUUUAUUUUUGCUGUCGUCGUCGUGAGUGUUGCGCUACUUAAGCUAAUUAGCAUGCUGAGUGGAUGGCCAUAUGUUCAAGAGCCGUGAUCGCCGCGUUCAACAACGUAACAUUGAUCCAUAUCAAGCAUAUUUUAGGAUUCCUUCAUGUCUACUGAAUCCGGAACCAGAGCCAGGGUCCCAGCUCGUCAACUGUUUAGCUAGAGAAGACUCACAUAAGUGGUUGUUUUGAAAUGGCCUUUUUCGCUAUUACGGGUUCCAGUAGAUGAUGAUGGUCAUCAACUAUGGCACGCACUCAAUGCAGUCGAUACGGGAAAAGAGGAAGAAGAAAACCGCCUCGGCGCGCGUCGUUGCAGUGUCGGUCGGUCUCCGAAGUGAACGAAAGCAGCGAUGAGCAAGCGUUCAACCUCGACAUCGAGCUCGAUCAAGAGCGGAAAGAAGCACUCGCUUUCCACGAGCAGCGAGGCAGCCGGUGGCGAGCCGGAGGGCGAGCUCAAGCCACGAUCUCGGGACUUCCCCCGGCAGCCCGGGAAGGACAGCAGUGGAAGUAGCAGCAGCAGCAGUGACAGCGACCCGAGCCUCGUCAACCGGAAGAACGGACGUCGUCAGCACGGGAGUCGUCAACCGAUGCUGGGCGACGAGCAGUCGACGGCGGACGUGGACGUCAAGGGCGAGCUCCUGGACGCCGACAUCCACGACUUGACCAGGAGCGACCAGACCAGCAGCGCUGCCUCGAAGUGGCGCGGCGGUGGCGCGCGAAAGGAAAGGUGGUGGCCCGGCAGCAGCAGCCACGGUACCGAUGCUGCCGGCUGGCUGAGCGAAGAUUCCAACGACGUCGACACCCCGACUCACGCUACAACGCAGGCGUUCACGGCCAGCCCAGCGGCCUCGUCCAUGGCCAUUCUCGUCGUCCGUGACGACGAGCACGAGCCGAAGCACGAGUCGUUCCUCAAGACCGUCGCCAAAGCGUCCUUCAGCGUUUCCUCCUUUUCGUACAACGAGCCACUGAGUCAGGUGUCCAUCGCCUUCUUCUCAAUAUGCCUGCUCUUCGUGAUCGUCGCGUGCUCCGUGAUCGUCUACUCGUGCGGCGUGGGCGCCUGCGCGGAGGCCGGUGACCUGGCGAGCAACGGCACGACGCUGACGGCGGUGAGGGCGCACAGGAAAACAGACGUCUCGAAAAGCGGCCACAUGUAUUAUGUCCCAGGCUAAGCGGUCGCCUUUGUACUGUGCGCCGGCAGCUCCGAGCGCUUGUCAUGAUGAUGACACGCGCGUGUGGUAUGCGACGCGUGUGCGAAAUUCAAGCCCGCCCGCGCGCAUGCACCUGCUUGGCGACCUGCAAUAUUGAGCAGCACUGAGAACUUGGCUACCACGUGACGAAACCUCGGUCGUUCCCUUGUUCUGAAGUGCUGUUGAUAAUAAACGAUGAAACGAA